GUGUCCUUGUGCCCAUUUUUGAAUGUGUUCUUCCCCACGUUCUAUUGUUCUAUGUUUAUAGCUUUCUUUCGGCUGUGUUUUGUAAUUGUGUAUAUCCAUCCAACAAACACUAAGUGCUUAUGAAAUUCAAAUAAAUUAAAUUUUCUGAUCAUGCCGAUUCGUAAAGAAACUACACGUCACCAUCUUAGAGAUAUAAUACACAAGGAAAGGAUUCAAAAAGCAAAAGAACGUAGAAUCAAACGCAAACAACGAAAAGAAAGUGGCGCACCGGCAGGAAUUCCUCAAACUCUUGAAUCACUUAGAACAGUUGAUGAAACAAUCGUUCCUAAAGAUGAUGAAGAAGUUGUCAUUGAACAUGAAACAGAUGAGUUUUCAUCUAUUUUUAAUGGAGAAGUUACUCCUAAAAUUUUGUUGACUCAUUCUGAUCGUGUUUGUCCUAGGACAAUUGGGUUUUGUAAAGAACUAAGUAUGGUCAUUCCAAAUGUUCAACUUGUUGCACGUUGGCAUUUACCUCUAAAGAAAAUUAUUCCUAUGGCUAUCGAACGUCAAUUCACCUGUUUAUUAAUUGUUAAUGAAGAUCAGAAAAAAAUUAAUACUCUAAUAGUUAGUCAUUUACCAAAUGGACCAACAGCUACAUUUCGCCUAACUAAUGUAUUACUUCGUCGUGAAAUGCGUUCAGCUAAAUCAGCCAAAUAUAUUGAAUCGAAUAUAAUACCACAUUUAAUUACUACACGUUUUAUGACACGUCUUGGUCUACGUACUGAACGUAUUUUAAGUUCAUUAUUUCCUAAUGAAAGUCGUUUACCACCACAACCACAUAGUAGAACAAUUGUUUUUCAUAAUCAAAGAGAUUAUAUAUUUUUUCGACAUUAUCGUUAUAUACAUCGUAAUACAACUGAUGUUCAUAAUGAUGAUGAUAAUGAAAAUGAAGGUAAACAUAAUACUGAACAUAUCGCAAUGAAUGAAGUUGGACCGAAAUUCACACUGAAAUUACGUUCAAUUCAAUUAGGCACUUUUGAUAGUCAAUAUGGUAAUUAUGAAUGGGUUCGUAAACGAACAGAAAUUGGUAGAAGUCGGCGAACAUUUAUCUUAUAGUUGAUAAAUAGCGUUUCCCAACUGUAAAUAUAAUUAUUUAUUAAUUCAA